AAAGAUGCAAAACACAUAGAUCCGGCAAGAAGGUCAGGUCAGUUCACCGGCCGGCUCCUUCAAACAUGAGCACACCGUAUCCAAAACCCAUAGAUCCGGCCGCGACCCGAAUCGGCUGGAUCGGAAUCGGAGUUAUGGGCGCAGCUAUGGCUUCUCGCUUACUAGCCGCCGGCUAUUCCCUCACCAUCUACGCCCGAACUCCAUCCAAAGCCACCCAUCUUCAAUCCCAAGGCGCUCAUAUUGUAAAUUCCCCAUCAGACCUCGCUCAAAACACCGACAUCAUAUUCACAAUGUUAGGACACCCAUCAGAUGUUCGACAAAUCGUCUUAGACAAGACAUCAGGGAUCCUCGCAGGCCUGAAACCUAACGGAGUGAUGGUUGAUCACACAAGCAGCCACCCCCUUCUAGCGAAAGAGAUCUUCAAAUCGGCUCGCGAAAGGGAUUGCUGGGCAGUGGAUGCUCCGGUCUCCGGUGGUGAUAUUGGAGCAAGGGAUGGUAAAUUGGCGAUAUUUGCUGCAGGGGAUAAAAGGGUAGUUGAAUGGUUAUCACCAUUGUUUGAAUUAAUGGGGAAAGCAACUUACUUGGGUGGUGCUGGAUGUGGGCAGAGCUGCAAGAUUGCGAAUCAGAUAACUGUGGCUGCAAACACAUUGGGAUUGAGUGAAGGGUUAGUGUUUGCAGAGAAGGCAGGUUUGAAUGUUGAGCAAUAUCUUGAAGCGAUUAAGAAAGGUGCUGCUGGGUCUAAUGUGAUGGAGUUGCUUGGGAAGAGGAUAAUAGAAAGGGAUUAUAAACCAGGUGGGUUUGCUGAAUACUUGGUGAAGGAUUUAGGGAUGGGUGUUGAUGGAGAGAUUGGUCAAGUAUUGCCUGGUGCUGCUUUGUGUCAACAGUUGUAUAUUGGAAUGGUGGCUAACGGGGAUGGAAAGUUGGGUAUGCAAGGGCUUAUUUCUGUCAUUGAAAGGUUGAAUGGAAAAUGAAAGUAUGUCAAUUGUGUUAAGUGUAUUUUCUUGCUUGUUCUUGAUGAAUAAAUAGUGUGUUUAUGUAUUAUAUGGAGCCUUUGAAUUUGUUCUUAAUGAUGUUGGUUUAGAGUUUA